AUGAACGGAUCUUACCAUCACAUGCUCCUGCAGGACAGCUCUCUGAUCAACCUCACAGAAGAAGCAGAAUACGAGAAUGGGAGCACAUCGCUGUGGCUGUCUAACGGCAGUGUCGCUCCUCCUCCAUCAGGGGCGCUGUGCCAGCAGGUUCAGAUCCAUGCUGAAGUUUUCCUCGCGCUUGGGAUCAUCAGCCUGCUGGAGAACAUCCUGGUCAUUUCUGCAGUGGCGAAAAACAAGAACCUCCAUUCGCCCAUGUACUUCUUCCUCUGCAGCCUGGCAGCGGCGGACAUGCUCGUGAGUGUCUCCAAUUCCCUGGAAACGAUUGUGAUCGCCAUUCUUAGAAACAAUCUGCUCAAACUCAGUGACUAUUUUGUGCGUUUGAUGGAUAAUAUUUUCGAUUCCAUGAUUUGCAUCUCUCUGGUAGCAUCCAUUUGUAACCUCCUAGCCAUCGCCGUUGACCGCUAUGUCACCAUAUUCUAUGCUCUACGCUACCACAGCAUUGUAACUGCGCGGCGUGCAUUAAGUGCCAUCGGCACCAUUUGGCUCACCUGCAUCAUCUGCGGCAUUGUCUUCAUCAUAUACUCCGAAAGCAAGAUGGUCAUCAUUUGUCUAAUUACAAUGUUCUUUGCAAUGCUGGCACUGAUGGCAACACUCUAUGUUCACAUGUUUUUGCUUGCCCGACUCCACGUCCAGCGCAUCGCGGCAUUACCAGCUGCAGCUGUUGCUGCUGGCGAUCCGGCACCACGGCAACGCAGCUGCUUAAAGGGAGCGGUGACUAUCAGCAUCCUCUUGGGGGUGUUUGUGUGCUGCUGGGCACCUUUCUUCCUCCACCUCAUCCUCCUUGUGGCAUGCCCACGCCACCCACUCUGCCUGUGUUACAUGUCACACUUCACCACCUACCUAGUGCUCAUCAUGUGCAACUCAGUCAUCGACCCCAUCAUCUACGCCUUCCGCAGCCUGGAGAUGAGAAAGACCUUUAGGGAAAUCCUCUGCUGCUUUGGCACAGGGUGUCCAGCUCCACCCUGCGAGCGAGAACGAGGGAUAGACACAGAGAGACCCAGGGAGAGACCACAGGAACGAGAGAAGGAGAGUGAGACAGAGUGAGAUGGAAAGGUAGACAGACAGGAAAACAGAAAGGGGGAGUCUUGGUGGGUAUGUGGUGGGUGAUGUUGUGGGUGAUGUUGUUGGAAAGAUGAAGAAAAGAGAGGGGAAUCAGUGCUUGGAGUAUCAAGGCUAACGCUAAUUAAACUAAUGUGUGUGU